AUGAUUGAUCCCAUUCUCGCAAAGCUGGAUGGUCCGAACAAGGACCCGGCGUUCGAGGAUGAGAGGAACUGUAUCGUGUUCUGGGGUCGGCCGCCGCAACAUAUCCGUGAUAUGAUUGGGGAGAUUCAAGAGGAGCUGCGUAGCGUAGCGCCUGAUCUAUGGUUCAUGCCUCUUCAAAAUCUGCAUAUCACUGUGCUAGAAGUAGUCUUCUCCCUCACCGAGUCAGAAGUCAACAAAAUAGUCUCGACUUUGCUUCAAGACGGCGCAGCAGAGAAAAUCGCAAACACGACCCUGCAAUUCCGGCCUCGUCUCGUCAAGCCCAUGAUCAGUUAUGAUGCCGCUGCCAUGGCGCUUAGUUUUGUGCCUGCCGCCGGGGAAGGCGAAGGCAAGACUGUGGAUGAUGAUAAAUUCACAUACCAUCAUUUGCGCAGACAUGUAUAUGACAAAGUCCUCGCAGCGGGCGUGAAGCCUGCGUCCAGAUAUGCGGUUCCCUCGGCGCAUCUGACUAUAGCACGGUUCAUAAAUCAGAAUGGUUUCGUCUCAGACGGCUCAUUCGAUCGUGAGAAGGCGAAGGAAGUGAUCGAUAAGAUUGAGAAGAUCAAUGAACUAUUGCAAACUAAGUAUUGGCCGACGGAAGCAGGUGUGCCGGAGGGAGGUGAAUGGACGAUUGGUCAAGAAAAGGGGCUUGAUUUUCGAAAGGGGACAUUGUGGUAUGGUGGUGGAGAGACUAUUGUGCUUGGAAAGGGGCACUGA